ACUCAAGCAGCUAGAGAUUCACUUUAUCGUUGCCUUUCAUCUGCAGCAAAACAGGCACGACUUAAGCAGGCCAAAGAAGAGGCUGAGAAGGAGAUUGCUGAAUUCCGUGCUCAAAUGGAAGCCGAGUUUCAGAGGAAGGUUGCAGAGAGCAGUGGAGACUCGGGUGCUAAUGUGAAGCGCCUUGAACAAGAAACUGAAGCGAAGAUUCGUCACCUAAACACCGAGGCCUCAAGAAUUUCCCAUGAUGUCGUCCAAAUGCUUCUGAGGCACGUUACCACCGUUAAAAACUAAGAUCUUGGCUUGGUAAGGUGGAUUGGAACAGAGUGCUCUCAUUUCUUUUACUCCUUCAAGAUUGUUAUUUGGAAACUUUUCGUGCUUGAAUAACUGUGUAUUUUAGCAUAUUUAAGUUAUAUGUAUUGUUGAAUCUUGUCCCUUCAUUUUCAAUUAUUCUUUUUGGCAUCAAGGAGAUGGGAAGGUAAUUAUGUAUUAUUAUCAAACUCUUUGGGAGUAACAUAUACUUUCUUUAUGAGAUAUUCAGACAGUAUUUGUUUA